UAAACGCACGACGAAAAAUGAGCGGUAACGCCCUCUAUAUCUCGAAUGGCACAUGCUUCAUAGCAGAAGGGGAGGUGUCUGAGAUAGACUUCAUCCCCUGCGGAAAUGCUGCGCUUUCAGGACCUCAAUCUUGUUGCUUUGUUGGUGAUUAUUGCCUGUCGAGCACGGCUUGCUGGGAUCGCGAUAGUAUGUCCGAAUUAUCUUAUAAUACCAACACAAAGCCAGCACUAAUCAAUGUUAUAGCCGCUGUGACAUACGUGGCGGGGUGUACAGACCCAGAGUUCAAGUCGAGCGUCUGCACGAAUAAAUUCGACUACCCCACCAACAAUGGGUAGCAAUGGCAAGAUGCGAUGGGGACGAUAUAGACAUAUGGUCAGGAUGUUCUGUGCAUCCGCAGUGGAUCGCGCUACAAAAAGAACCAGAUUGCAAAUGCAAUGCCUCGAGACCCUUGAUUCGAAACUCGAAUAACAAGGCAAGCUUUGAUCAAGUUGCGAGUUUACCCCCUACACCAGGAGGCACAAUCUCAUUCGACCCCACUGCUAUCCCUACGUUGGUGCCCACUUCACGAGUCUCAUCUUCGACCCCAGCACCGACCUCGCCAUUCACCACCGAAGAUACCACGGAGGGCUUGUCGGACGGGGCAAAGGCAGGGUUAGGUGUGGGCGUAGGCCUGGGUGUCCCCCUAUUGGUCGGUCUCAUCUUUCUUGCAUUCUUCCUACAUCGGAGGAAGAUUACCGCAUCAACGACAGCUGCGACACAGCCAGAUCCAGAACCCCAAAAUGAGGCGCCGCAAGAAGACCCGAAACCCGGCGUCGCACAAGUUACGCCAGAAAAGCCGGCCAGUCCUGAGAUUGGUUCAGUUGCCUCCCCAGAACCACCAAACUUCGCUUGGUAUGGGUAUAAAGCCGAAUUGGCGGCUAACUCGACCGAAGCACAUGAACUAUCCGGUGAUGAGCCACAGAGCGUCGUAACUCCGAGCUGGAACUCGGAGACUCUUGGGAGUCGUCAAGUAUCGGAGAUGUCGAGUUAUCAAGCGGCGGAUGGUAUAACAGGGCGGAAUCACUCCGUGUGAGUCUACGUAUAGCUGAAUUGUGAGGCAGCGACGGAAAAUUAUUGAAGUAGAACGCCCACGUACCUAGGUAGUUAGUGUGAUUUGAACUGUUAUUUUGGUCAUGUAGGAGGAAGGAGAGUUAGUAAUGCCCAUGAGGAUCCGG